AUGAGGACUUUCCAGAGCUGGAGGACGAUGGAUUCAAGGAUGUGGACGUGGGGUUCAAUGAGUCUUGAACCAUUGCCGCAUCUCCAUCACGCAGCAGAGAGCCUGGGACCUGCUGCUGUUCUAGGUUACCAUCACGUAGUAAACCUGGCCAACAGUCUGGUGGACCUGCGUCACCAGGCCUUUGUGACACAGCAGAGGGUAGACAGCAUCGUUGCUCUCUGGGAAAAACUGCCAGAGACUACUUCCCUGGACAAGGCAGUGGGCCUUCCUCGUGUCCCAGCGUCAGCCGCCUUGUUGGCUUCACCUGGCGGUCAGACCAUCACUGGCAUCAGGGUAAACAGAACCAAUGCCAGGAAGAAAAAGCAGGAACAGGAUGUUCUGUGCCUGAGCGUUGGCCAGUCCAACACUCCGAUGGUGGCCCCAGAACCCCUCCCUCCCGCACUGAGUAAGCUCCUGGAGCGUCGGACUGACGGGCACCCUGCUUUUGACUUUAACAUCCAGCAGGAUGUGUCUGGGCAGGCUUUUCAGCGUGUCCAAGGCCAGCCUCCUCUUCUUCCUGGUGAGACCCUGACAUGCUCUGGUCUAGAAGGCGACGUGGCUUCUGCCACCAAUGCCACUCCUGUGCUGGCUGGGCCCCAGACCACAGCAUGGCAGUGAAAGAAAAAGGCAGAGGCCGAGGCCGCCGCCGCUGCCCAUGGACAGGCCGUCCCCACGAAGCGGUGCAAGCAUGAACGCUAUGCCUGCAAAUAGUGUGGCCAACCCAAGACUAAAGAGUUUGGACACAGCAGGUUUCGUGGGGUGCACUUCUGCGCAGCAGCAACAGCAGGGAAGACAGUGGAGCAGUGGAUGGAGGAGAUGAAGAGAGGAGAUGUUGGACAGGGUCAGUGAUCUGUUGACCACCCCACUCACCCCAUUGUAAAUAGUUGUAUAUAGUUUUAUAUGUAUUCCUAUUUUCAUGAUUUGUUCUGUGUGUUGUGAAUGAGCACUGUUUCAU